CAAAAUUCAACAGAAAAUGGGAAGGGGGAAAGUAGAGCUUAAGAGAAUAGAGAAUCCAACAAAUAGGCAAGUCACCUUCUCCAAGAGAAGAGAUGGUUUGCUCAAAAAAGCCAUUGAACUGUCCAUUCUCUGUGAUGCUGAGGUUGCUCUUCUUGUCUUCUCUCCUUCUGGCAAAGCUUAUCACUUCUCCAGCCAUGACAUGGAUAUGACUAUCAGGAGGUACAGAAACGAAAAGGGUCUGCAUAAAAUGAACAACCAUGGAGUAAGAACCAUCGAGGUAUGGAAGAACGAAAUGGAUGAGAUGAAGAAGACAAUCGAGAUACUUGAAACAAAACACAAGCAUUUGGCUGGAGAAGAUCUUUCAUCAUUAGGGAUAAAAGAACUCAAACAACUCGAACGCCAACUGAGGAUCGGAGUUGAUCGCGUCCGAUCUAAAAAGUGGCGCCUUUUAUCGGAGCACAUAAGUUUAUUGAAGAGAAAUCAUAAAACCUUGCAAGAAGAACAUACGAUUCUUCAGAAAAGAAUCAAGCUUCAUGAGCUGCUGAACGAAGCUGAUGAAUACUCAGGCUUGGAUUCAUCUGGUCAUGCAAUUCAAAGGUUUAUUCCAGAUGGGCAAUCUCAUUCACCACUCAACGUGAACCAGCUCGGUUUUUCCAACAAUUGAUUAUAUUUUCGUUAUUUCUCCAAUGGUUAAGAUUAUUACCAUCUUGUCGUUGUCAUUAAUGUAGUAAAAUAUAUAUUAAAAAGAAUUGAAGUAGUUUGGUUACUGUAAGGUAUAUAUUGCGCGAGUAAUAGUUCCUAAGUUUGUUUUUAUGUAAAACAUGAUUGGUCAAACUUGAUUGAUCUUGAAAGGCUUUAUGUAAUUAUAUAG